AUGAACGAACAGCAAUUAAUUGAGGACUAUGCUCCAAAAAAGGAUUUUGAAUUAACAGAAUUUGUGAUUUACAAUGAACAUGGAGACUUGACAAAUAUUUAUGACUUACAAGAAACGAAUAGAACUACUACUUUAUUUUGGGAUGCGGUUAUUUCGAUUCCUAGGGAAGAUAAUCAAGUUUUUGUCAAAGAGGCUCGAUUCGACGAAAUAUCAAUCCAGUAUCGAGACGAUUCUCACAACGUAAGGAUCUUGCUGCGAUCGACGCUCGACAAAAAUGUCUGGUAUUGGUUAUUUUCAGCAGCAAAGAUAUACGAUUCGUUAUAUAAUGCAUUCCUCUGGAAAGCGAUCUUCGCCAAACACAUUUUUUCAUGGGCGGAUGUUCGCGCGGAUAUUUUGCUAAUGGAUUUUAAAGAAAAUUUUUAUGAAUGGGUGACCGAGAAAUGGAAUCACGAUAAAGAAUUUCGCUGGUGGUUGUCUUGGAUGCAGGGCAAGACUGAUUUUCGUGGUGUCGUAAAUACCUGUGGUCAUUUCUUGCAUAAUCAAGCAAAGAAUUUGAAUGCUGAGGUUUUGUUGAGACUUACAUUUUUCCGAGAUAUCGGUCACGCUAAAAAUCAGUUAGAAGAAGCGAGCUUGAAGACCGAAUCUCAAAAACAACACGAAAAAACCUUUGUCACGCCAACGGUUUUUCGCUGGUUCAAAGAUGUCUUUCCCGGUCGAUUAUUUCUGGUAACCCAAAAUAUCAACAACCAAAGCUCGCAAUCUACACAAGCGCCACCAACAUUAGAUGUUAAAAAUUCCAACGAAAAAUCCGAAUUUCGAAUUUUAAGCCACAAUAAAUGUACGCAAUUCAUUUUUCUCGAAAAGGAGACAGUUAUGUUGGACGGAAUCUCCUUUGCAGUCGGCGACACGGUCGAAGUAUACCCAGACGAAGAUGAAGCUGAUGAUGAACCGUUAAUUUGCAUCCUGACUGAAUUAAAAACCGAAGGGUUUAAGCUCUUGUGGCUUUAUACACGAAACCAGACCUUAUUGAAGAAUUUAGACCAAGAUUCGCAUCCUCAAGCGAAUCAAGAAUUAUUUUUUACCAGACAUGGCGAUUUUCUUGCGCUCUCUGAAGAGUACUUAACUCGACUCAAUCGCCUAUGUGGUUGUUUUCAUGUUGAAGACGAAGGCUGGUAUAAGUUCGUCGAAAAAUACCGAGUAGGCGAUUGUGUACUUAUCAACCCAAUCCCUGAAGAGCUGACAAAAUUUUACACCAUCGCCUGUGUCGAAGCAUUUAAUCAUCAAAAAAAAUCAGUUACGUUACGUCGGUUUCUUCGUUUUCAUGAAGUUCGUGAAGAAAAAUGGGGAGGAGUAAAUGAACUAAAUGAACUUCUUUAUUCUGAGGAACUCGUUUUCGAAUUCAAGAAUUUUGAUAAACCAAUUCGAUUUUGCCAUGUCGAAUAUUUCAAUUAUUCAGAUUGGCUGGCUUAUUAUCCCGAUAAUAGGAACCCACUUCCUGUUAAUCUGCAGUAUUUUGGAGCCGGAGAUCAUGCAAAUGAGCAAAUCAUCACUAGAUUCAAGCCGUAUCAUCAAAAAGUCUCUAACGAAACGAAGCUAUGUGGACUGGAUUUAUUUUGUGGUAGCGGUUCUCUAAGCAGAGGAUUGGAAGAUUCGGGAUUUGUUGAAUGUCGAUGGGCAUUCGACAAAUAUUUCGAGGCAUGCCAAACAUUCCGGCAAAAUGCCAAAUACGACAAUGUGGUUGUCAUGCACGAAAGUGUUAACAAAAUAUUAUCGGAUGCUGUUAAGAAUAUUAACAAAAAAAUCCCAAAAAGGGGAGAUGUCGAAAUUCUUAUGGCAGGUUCUCCUUGCCAAGGAUUCUCCACCUUGAAUAGACAAAAAGGAAGCAGUAAAAGUCAAGUUAACAACUCACUUAUUGCUUCCUUUGCAUCGUUUGCAGAAUAUUAUUUGCCUAAAUAUUUGUUAUUAGAAAAUGUGGCACCUUUUAUUAAAGAACCUGUUUUUGUCAAAUUGAUCGCAUGUUUACUGGAAAUCGGAUACCAAGUGAAAUUCGGCUUGGUGUCUGGUGAACAAAUUGGCUGUCCGCAAUCUAGAGUCCGAACAAUUUUAUGGGGGGCAAAACAAGAAGUUGUGCUUCCAGAUUUGCCUCCCGUUACCCACGACUCGGGAGAAAUUUUAAGAGGUAUCACCAAGCCAAAAUACAUCAGUUUUCCAAAGAUCACUAUUGAGAGAGUAAUCGGAAAAUUACCUCGUAUUCAAACCGGAGUCUUGUGGUUCCCGUCUUUCCCCGAUCAUAGAAUCAACACGUUUUAUAAGAAUUAUCACCGCGACAAAGAAAUCAUGAAAAUAAUUCCAAAAGAGCCGAAAGCAGACUAUUUUACUGCUUUAGAACGUGGACUGAUCCCAGAAGAACUACAAAUUGUGAAUUCCACGGGUUCCCCAUUUUGUCAACGUAUUAAUAAGGAUGGUGUUUUUUCCACGAUUACGACUAAUAUAAGAUUUCUCGAUUCUGAUAUUAUAAUUGGUCAGAUUGAGGACCAGUAUAAAAUUAUCGGAAAUGCUGUUCCCAAAACUAUGUCAUUUGCCUUAGGAAUACAGCUUGGGUAUGCUUUAACGGACCCGUUUCAUCGGUCAGCAUGGGGCUCGCAAAUGGAGUAA